UGACAGAUGCGAUAUACCCUCACUCCACAACUAACAAAUUUCACAGCCAUAACAUUUCACCCUCCUUCACACAUCAAACACAAAUUGCAAGAACCAUUAAUUUCAAUCAUCCACAUUCUUUCAGAAUCAACAAAGCCAUCUACAGGCUUGAGUUUGCAACUGGAAGAUGAAGCAAGCAACCCUUUUCUCCUUCUCACUCUUUCUACUCUUUUCCGCCACCACCUUUGCCAUUUCACCUGCACCUGCAGCAGCCCCAAAAGCCCCAGCAAAACCACCCCCUACCCCCAAGGCAACAGCACCAUCACCAAAACCAUUAGUCCCCACUUUACCUCAGUCUCCAAACUCCCCUGACUCAGUCCCCGACGACAUCACCAGAAUCCUCAAAAAGGCCAAAAUGUUCUCAGUCCUAAUCCGCCUCUUGAAAACCACCGAAAUCAUGAACAACAUAAACUCACAGCUCAUAACAGCCAAGAGUGGAGGCAUAACCAUCCUUGCACCAGAUGAUUCUGCUUUUUCCAACCUCAAAGCAGGUUUCCUCAACUCUCUAAACGAAGGCCAGAAAAUCGAACUUGUGCAGUUGCACAUAUUGCCAGAGUUUGUGUCGAGCUCAAACUUCGAUUCUCUGAGCAACCCUGUGCAGACAGUGGCUGGAAAAGACCCAGCAAGGCUUCCACUGAACGUGAAUGCAUUAGGUAACAGUGUCAACAUUUCAACUGGGGUCGUCAACGCCAACGUUCUCGGGGUAGUAUACUCAGAUAACAAGCUUGGGAUUUAUCACGUGGACAAGGUGCUUCUUCCUCUAGAUUUCUUUGUAACCAACAAGGCUCCAGCUUUGGCUCCAACAACUCUUGCAAAAGCUCCCAAAUCUGCAAAGGAUAACUCUUCAGAGGACGAUCAAGAAGGAACAAACCAGCAUCAGAAUAAAUCUGGGGCAGUGAGUGUGGUUAGCAUUGGCCGAACAACGUUGAUGUUGCUUGGGAUAGCUUUGGUGGCAGUGGCAACCAUGGGCCUUAUUUCCAACAUGGAGUUGAUCCAUUUGGCAGCUGCAUUUUCAAUUUUCUUCGCCAAACACUGUUAAUUUCUUUCCUUCUGCUUUUUUUGUUUAAAUUUUGCUCCCUGUUUCCUGUUUCUUGUUUUUCGUGUAUAGGUGUUAUGAAAAGGACGUGAAUCCUUCAAUGAUCCAUGAUAUUGUUGUUUUCUUGUUUAAAAACGAAAGGGAUUGAGUU